GAGCCUGCGGCGCGUCUAGGCCCGCGCGGUUCCCGGUGCACUCGCUGCCCACAAAGCGCCAGCUGAGGGGCCGCUGCGGGAGGAGUGCGGCGGAGCCUGCCUCGCGACCGCAGCUUGAUCCGCCGCCUGCCGCCCAGCGUCUCCGCCGCGUUCCUGCGCGUCCCGAGCCCCGACGGCCGCGUGAGUCCCGUCCGUGCGGGGAAGGCAGGGCCGGGUCGGCGCCGCCUGUGAAGAGGACCCGGCGGCCGGGCCUGCGUGGGGCCGAGCGCGGCGGCAGUGGCGGCGGCGGAGACUUCCGAGGCCCGGGCCAGACAUCGCAGGGCCAUGGCUGAGGCGGCCCCGGCCCCGACAUCUGAAUGGGACUCCGAGUGCCUUACAUCCCUGCAGUCCCUUCCUCUUCCUACACCCCCAGCAGCAAAUGAGGCACACCUGCAGACAGCAGCUAUCUCUCUGUGGACGGUGGUGGCCGCCGUGCAGGCUAUAGAGAGGAAGGUGGAGGUCCACAGCCGGCGACUCCUACACCUAGAAGGUCGGACAGGGACAGCAGAGAAGAAACUAGCCAGCUGUGAAAAGACAGUUACCGAGCUUGGGAACCAGUUGGAGGGCAAGUGGGCUGUGCUGGGAACCCUGCUGCAGGAGUACGGGCUGCUGCAGAGGCGGCUGGAGAACUUGGAGAACCUGCUGCGCAACAGGAACUUCUGGAUCCUGCGGCUCCCUCCAGGUAUUAAGGGAGAUAUCCCAAAGGUGCCUGUGGCAUUUGAUGAUGUCUCCAUCUACUUUUCCACUCCAGAGUGGGAAAAAUUAGAAGAAUGGCAAAAGGAACUUUACAAGAAUAUCAUGAAAGGCAACUAUGAGUCUCUCAUCUCCAUGGAUUAUGCUAUAAAUCAACCUGAUGUCUUAUCUCAGAUUCAACCAGAAGGGGAACAUAAUACAGAGGACCAGGCAGGGCCAGAGGAAAGUGAGAUUCCCGCAGACCCCAGUGAAGAGCCUGGUAUUUCAACAUCAGAUAUUCUGUCUUGGAUUAAACAAGAAGAAGAGCCUCAGGUUGGGGCCCCACCGGAGUCCAAGGAAAGUGACGUGUACAAAAGCACUUAUGCUGAUGAAGAGCUUGUCAUCAAAGCUGAAGGCCUUGCUAGAUCCUCGUUGUGCCCUGAAGUUCCAGUCCCUUUCUCUUCUCCACCAGCAACAGCAAAGGAUGCUUUUUCAGAUGUGGCUUUCAAAAGCCAGCAGUCUACAUCCAUGACACCUUUUGGACGUCCAGCCACUGACCUGCCUGAAGCCUCUGAGGGACAAGUGACUUUUACUCAGUUGGGUAGCUAUCCCCUCCCACCUCCAGUUGGCGAGCAGGUGUUCUCAUGCCACCACUGUGGCAAGAGUCUCAGCCAAGACAUGUUGCUGACCCACCAAUGUAGCCACGCUACUGAGCACCCCUUACCCUGUGCCCAGUGCCCUAAGCACUUUACUCCACAGGUGGACCUCAGCAGCACCUCCCAGGACCAUGCCAGUGAGACGCCCCCCACCUGCCCACACUGUGCCAGGACUUUUACUCACCCAUCAAGACUUACCUACCAUCUUCGGGUCCAUAACAGCACUGAGCGUCCUUUCCCCUGUCCUGAUUGCCCCAAGCGCUUUGCUGACCAAGCUCGACUCACCAGCCACCGGAGAGCUCAUGCAAGCGAAAGGCCCUUCCGCUGUGCCCAGUGCGGCAGGAGCUUCAGCUUGAAAAUCAGCCUCCUGCUCCACCAGCGGGGUCAUGCACAAGAGCGCCCUUUCUCCUGCCCUCAGUGUGGCAUUGACUUCAACGGCCACUCGGCCCUUAUCCGUCACCAGAUGAUCCACACAGGCGAGCGUCCUUACCCCUGCACUGACUGCAGUAAGAGCUUCAUGCGCAAGGAGCACCUGCUGAACCACCGGCGGCUGCACACGGGCGAGCGGCCCUUCAGUUGUCCUCACUGUGGCAAGAGCUUCAUCCGCAAGCACCACCUCAUGAAACACCAGCGCAUCCACACCGGGGAGCGGCCCUACCCCUGCUCCUACUGUGGCAGGAGCUUCCGCUACAAGCAGACACUCAAGGACCACCUGCGUUCAGGCCACAAUGGAGGCUGUGGGGGUGAUAGUGACCCAUCGGGUCAGCCCCCCGACCCACCAGGUCCCCUCAUAACUGGGCUUGAAACUUCUGGCCUGAGUGUCAACACUGAAGGUCUAGAGGCCAACCAGUGGUAUGGGGAAGGGAGUGGAGGGGGAGUUUUGUAAAUCCAAAUCUCUGUGGCUUCAUGGUUAUAUAUGCUCACAGUAGGGUACAAAAUCCAAGAGAAAGUCUGUGAGCCCCAUCCAACACCCACAGUAAUUAUUACCUGGUACAUCACUGAAUUUGGGGUCCUAUACACUUGACUAGAGACAUGGUUGUGGUUUGGAAUUUCACACACUUACAAGAAUACCACAUUUUGAAACCCAGAAAGACCUGGAAAGGGGCUCAGGACCUCCAUCUUUUCAAAGAUACAACAAAAGCAGAAGUUACAAGAAUAUUGUGGAGAGGUUGGAAAGCAGGAUUUAACCUCUGGUUCUCUUGUUCUCAGAGAACAGCAGGUUGAUAGUAGAUUAUGUCUCUAGGUAGAGACAGGUACAUGGGAAGAGUCUCCAAAACUGGAAGCCCAUUAUGAGGCAUGAGAAUGUUUAACCAUAAAGCCCUUUAUUAGCUCCUUGAUAGCUAAGAUGGUUGUUGGAGAAAGUGCUUAAGCCACUGUUGAUGUUGCUGCCUCCUCUCUCAAAACCAGCCAAGAUCUGUUCACAAGCCUCUGUGGCUGCCUUUCCCUGAAACAUGGUAACUCAAGACUGCCUGCCUAGGUUUCUUAGAUGAAUUCUUCACGUACAUUUUGUUUAAUAUUGGUUGAAUAUGAAAUCUGACUUUAAAAGAUUAUUAAGGAGAACAUUCCUUAACUAUACUGGCUUGAUUUGAAACAGGCUCUUAUUGCCAUUUAAAGUACUAGAAACCUUUGGCAAAGUCCUGGUUAAAAAAUUGGGAACAGUUUUCUCAGUCCCAGCUUUAAAAGCUAGAGACCUCAGAGAAAUAGCUGGCUUAACAAUGAUAGAACGGCCUAAAAUUUGUGCCUACACCAUGUUCUGAGAGUCCUUCACAUCCAAUUCUUCCUUAUCUUUUCCAAGCCAGUAAGUUGGCUUCUCCAUUCCUGGUGUGUGAUAUUCUUGACAGUCAUCAACAACAAAAAGAUCACAGCACUUUCCGGAAGCAUGGAGCUUCCAGAAAGUGAACUCUUCAUCCUCAGUAGUGAGAUGAUAACAGUGUUGUAAUGCAGCUUUCUUGAGUCAUCAGAGAGAGUGUAUGUUCACCCUAUCUGGCUGUAUCCCAUUGACAGUGGACAGAUUGAGGAACUUCCUAGAUCGCUGAGAACUAAGCACCAUGCAUAGACAACAACAGUUUGUUCUUGCCUGUAUUGCUUUUAGGGGCUUUGACUACCAUUUGUUCUUUUCUUGGGGUGAUUUCACCUGGGAGCAUCCGAGUCUGCUGCUAAGUGGCUUUGCAGCUAGGCUUAAGUUCUGUUUCCUUUAUGGAUCUCAAAUUUUCAUCUGCAAAAUGAGGCUGUUAAAAGGAAAAAAAGUGAGCCUCUAGGAGUUACUAAAAAAAAAAUCUUGUGAUACAUUGCUUUUCCUGCCAAAAUUCUGUCUCUGUCUUUGGCUUCUGUCCAGGCAAAGCUAAAUAAGACAGCAAAAUCAAAGCAGAUAAAUUCCUGCUGAAACUUGACUAAAAUUUAUUUGAUUUGUUGUUUGACUCCCACUUGGAAGCCUGAGGUAGAAGACAGAAUGCAGAAGUCCUACAUCUUGGGCAGAAAAUGUUCAUUCCUAUACUCUUGUUUCCUCUACUUCUUCCUGAGGUGCCUAGAACAAGGUCUGGAAAUGUUUAGUCAGGAUAUUUUCUUGAUGAAGUGAUAAGGGAAGGACCCAUUUUUUGCUUAUCACCUAGCCCAACCUUCACUCUCUCUAGUUAUGCAUAACAACACUAGGAAAAGGUGUUAGCCCAGCUAACUUGGCUUCUGGGAAGGCUGUGUCUGAACAUGUUGCUCUGUAGGAUAAUCACAUUUACAAAACAUCUGCUCUAUGACAUUGACAAUACCAGGGACCGUGGGAGACACAAGAAAUGUGUGCCUGCUGUCAUAACUUACAGUGGAAAAGCCCAAUAACACAGAACAAGACAUGAUGGGCAGUACCAUAGCAUAUUGGGAUUAAGAGCUUUCUAGCCAGAAUCUGGACCUAUACCAUGGGAAGAUUUAGGGGUUCUGGGAAUCCCUAAGCCAGGGUUCUGGCUUCAUUGGCAACCCACUAUGAACUUGAAUGUGAGAUUCAGCUCUAGUUUGCACCUUGAUUUCCCCAGUGAAAAGGGAGAAGAGCCAAAGUAUUGUCUAGGUGCUGAGUUCCUUUUCUGAAUGGAUUUCAAGCAUUUGCCAGGGUAUGCUGGAGGAGGGACUCCUACAGUAGGUGAGAUGUGGGACUAGGUAACACUUUAAAUACUUUUUUACUCAAAGAUUUGCCAAGAGCACAGCUUAUUAAUGAAAGAGACCUGUGGAUUGAAGUGCUGCAGAUAGAUCCCACAGUCCCUUGUGAAAGGAACUCAAAUACAAAUGAAGCAAGAGCCCUAAAACGGAAUGAAAGAGGAUGUGUGAGGCCAUCUCAGAGAGAUGGAAGCAGGCGUGAUACUAAUCCUCAGCCCAGGAAUAAAGUAGAGAGUUCAACUGUUACUCUUUUUCUUUCAUCAGUCCCCUAUCAGUUAGAACUGCAGGCCAGCUCCAAAGAGUGCUUAAGAUUCAAAAGUGGAUAAGUAAAAUGGAUCAGUGGGAAGGAUAAGGUGUCCAACAGAAAGUGUGGGAGAGAAACUCUUAGCCCAUCAAGUGCUCCUGAGAGAAACCAUGCAAAUUUAACUCUUCAGUUAAAGAAAUACGUGAGAACUGCUUGUCAUGACCAGACAAGAUAGGAAAGGGGAAACCCCAGAAACGUGCUCUUCAUCUGUCAGCCUUUUGGACCAAGAAGUUGUCACUAUUACACAUAAGCACCAUUCCCUUAGAGUGGAUCCAGGUGUUGACUAUAACCAGAUUUACUCUUUGCUUACCAGAUUUUUCAUUGUCACCAUUGGAUGAACCUCUGGUUUAGCCACAGUUGUGAAAAUAAAUGGAAGUUGGUUGAUUGUCUAGAAAGUGAAAGAAGAUGGCCCUGCUCCUUUUCUGCUGACCAUUUAGUAUUGGAAACUCCUACUUCCCUUUUCAUUAAUAAUAAAGUGUGCAAGGUUC